AUGGAUGUAUUUACUGACAGACGCUGAGGGAAGAGUUUAAGGAUGGCUUGAGGACAGUGGCUCAACGUUGGAGAUUGGUUCCAUUGACGACGUGCAACAGUAGCUUGGAGCCCGUGGGUGGGAUAUUUGACUUUGGAUCCCGCAGCGCUUGACUGUGCACAUACGCCGCCUGCCUGCAGCAUGCACAGCGACAAGAUGGACAGUCCAAACUCGCCGACCCGUGCUCACACGAACAGCACCCCCGCGGCUCCAGCUAACGCCCCCACGAUUCCCAUUCUCCUCGCCGGCCCGUUGACGCCCACCGGCGCCGCGGCAGCGCUGCUCUGCGUCGCGGCUCCGCUACCACUCGCACUUGCACUCCUCGAUGUCGAAGCACUCGCACUCGCACUCGCACUCGCACUCGCACUCGCACUAGCCGCGCUGCGCAACGACAUCAAGCUGGUCACGGCAACAGCGCUCGACCCCAGACUUGUCGGGGUGCUCAAUUCGGUGGGGAUCGUAGUGCUGAACUCGCCCGUGACAGGGACGGCAGGGGCCAGCGCCGUCGUGGCCGGGGUGCUGGAGCCGAUGACGUUGGUCAGCGGCUGGGCGCUGCUGCCCAGCAGGCUCUCUGCGCUCGCGGCGACGGUGAAGGGCUGGGAUUGCGCCCACGACGAGGACUGGGCGGUGGCCAGGCCGAGGAGGGAGAGGAGGGCUGUGUUGCUGACGAGUGUGGCGCGCAUCUUGGCGAGUUUCGAGGUCCGGGUUGGUCCGGGCGGGUACUUUUUCAAUUUGCGGGGUGUUUGGGAUGGCGGGGGGUUCUUCUGGGUUGUGCGUCUUGCGUGCAGAAUGGGGUUCUGGAUGGAGGGUUGUAGGACCUGGAUCGUGGGGAGCAGGCAGCUGGACAUGGCGACAGCCUUGUGGCGGCGAUAUGUUUAGCGGCUUAUCGAUACGAGGGGGGUACGUCGUCAGCUCAGCCGUUCAGUCUGUCUGCAAGUUGUCUGAUUGGCGCAGGCUGGCGCUCGUGUUCGUUCGUGUCCCGGCUAGGCGUAACCGUCAGGCUAGGGUCGACAGCGGUCUGCUCAGGUCAAAAAUAAUGCAAUGUGCACGCUGCGUAAGAAGGUCUUUAGCAUGGCCGCUGCCCCCAGCGCACCCCACAAUGUCCGAGAUCAUGGUUGCAGCCGCACGCGCUUGACGUGGAUCAUGUCAGGCGCGGCGAUCAGCUUGGUCGACGGGUGAGGUGUGAGACGGAGGUGUGAGACGGAGGUGGGAGAGGGAGGUGGGAGAUGGAGGUGGGAGAGCGUUGGUUGGUGAGGAAGCUCGGCUCUCC